AAAGCUGCUGCUGCUGCUGCUGCCGUUGCUGCUGUUGCUGCUGCUGUUGUUGCUGGUCCGUUAAUUAGGGCCGAACUUUCAGCCAGCACUGAGCUGCAUUGUGGCACAGACAAAUCGAGAUCUAAGCACGUAUCGCGUCGUCUCUUCGCUUCUCGUCUCGUCGCGUCUCGUCUCGUUUCGUGUGUGCAGAAAAGUUUCACCUACGGAUAUGUUCGGUUGUGAAAUAUUCAAUAACAGAGGCUCCCCCGUAAAAGUGCAAACACAAUAAGAAACAAAUAACAGAGUGUUGCCAAAUAAAACUUUAUAAUUGAGAAGAAAUAAGUGCACGGCAUUUGGAGUCCGUGAUACGCCGUAAUGGUGCAGUUACGGUCACGGUUCAGUGGCCCAGCCAUACUCUUAAUCGUAGCAAUAGCAACCAAUGCAUAUUCGGGAGCAUUGGCAGCAAGCAACUCUGGCAAUGCUGGCAACCCUGCUGGGACGGGGCGAUCCGUUAUGGGCAGUGGCAAUUCGAAUAUACGCUUGGCGCUACCCCGAACGAGUGCUAGCCAAAUAAAUAGUGGCAGCAAUGCAGCAGCGGCGAGCUUUAAGCUCGCUGCAAAAACAUUAAACUCAACGCGUAAUGGAAACUUGCGAACAAGAGAACAACAAUUGCUGAGUAUAUUUGAGAUAAUAAUAACAACACUCGAAGGAAAAUUGAAACGAAUUGAUAAUCUGGGCAGAUCCGUUGAGGAUCUGAUGGGACAUAUAGAAAUAUUGGAGAGUCGUGUGACAAAUAAUGUCGAGAAAACCGAAGAAGCACUCUUAAAGCUAAAUAGUCUUGAUUCAAAAUUAUCAAAUGUGGUUUAUGUGCUACCGGAAGUGACUUCCUCUUCCGACAACGGAAGACACGGAUCAAAGAGUGCGACGAUAUCACCAAAUAUCCAACUCGAUAGCCGACUGAUUCGAUUGGACCAGAAAGUCAGUGAUAUUGAUACGAAACUGGAAGUGCUUAAAACCCAAAUCGAUAGUAACUUUUUGCAAGUCGACGAAUUCAAUGCCGAGGCGAGUGAGAAAAAACCGAUCACAAUGAAUGUCGUCGAGAUUACAAAAGCAAUGACUGCCGAAGUAAUGACCCAUGUAUCAUCAGAAGUCAAUCAACUGCGCGAUUCCACCGACAACAUUGACAAAAAGCUGCAGUUUCACAUUAAUAUCGAAUCAGAGAAUAUCGGUCGAAUGCUGCGAAUGAUGAGCGAUAUUCACGAUGCUGUUGUCGAUCACCACGAGCAAUUAAAUGGUUUCAAUGUCACAACAACCGCCUUUCCAGCGAUUAAAUCGAGCAAAAUCGAUGCUCUGGUUAAACAGAUGCGACCCAUGGUAUCCGUCUCGGAGAAAAUGGAUGAAGUAUGGGAUGUGGUGGUGGGCACCAAGUCUUCGGUUGAUCAUCUAUUGCCCAAAUCCGAUGCACUCCUCACACAAACGCAGCGACAGGAGCGAGCUAUUGGUGAAAUCCAUCAGGAUCUCAAAACGAAAACGAACUUGAUCAUCAACAAUUUGGAUAUGGUUGAGAAACGCUUAAAGAAACAAGAGGACGAUGUCCAAAUUUUGGCUCAACGACCCACGGAUCUUUUAGUCGACCCAACUAUUGAUCGUUUGGUGGAGUACGAUCCAAGCAGGUACUCGGUGAUUGAGGAGAGCUUAACGGAUUUGAAUGAGCCAGCAACAACGCCAGCGACGUCAACACGAACAUCGACAUCGUUGAAUGCGUCAACGACACCCUAUCCGACACUGAGUACCCCUACCGCUGCUAUAUCAACGAGCAGUGGUCAUUCGACUACAUCGAGCAGCAAUCUAAACAGCAUAUUGGGCAUUGUGCUGAACGCAACUCUGACAACAUCCGCAACGGCUACGUCAUGGAAUGCCACACCAACAAAGUCGUCUUUCCGUAAGGGCGGCAUUAUCUUUCCUAGUGUCAAGAACAAACCAGCUGUGGUGAACAACACCUUUACCACCGACAUAUUCUCCCUAAAGGAUGUCAAGGGAUUUUCAUGUGUAGACAUUUUAAAUGCUGGCAUGAAACAAUCUGGAGUUUUUUAUCUCCAAAUACGUGGGACAACUUAUUGGUUCCUGAAAGUGUACUGCGAACAGGCCAUCUCAGAUGGUGGCUGGACGGUCAUUCAACGGCGCGAUGAUUUUGGAGAACCACGGGAAAAUUUCAAUCGCGAUUGGGCGGAUUAUAAAAAUGGUUUUGGCGAGCCAGCAAAAGAAUUUUGGUUGGGCAACGAAAACAUUUAUAUGCUGACAAAUAAUGAAGAAUAUGCCUUGCGGGUGGAAUUGGAAGAUUUCGAAGGCAACAAAAGAUAUGCUCAGUAUUCGCAUUUCAAAAUACAUUCCGAGGCAGAUUAUUACAAAUUGGAAAUCGAUGGUUACGAAGGGAAUGCGGGUGAUUCAUUAAAUGAUCCAUGGUAUGGAUCCAAUAAUAGUCCAUUUUCCACAUACAACAAAGAUAAUGAUCGAAGCUCACUCAAUUGUGCAAGCAUGCUAAAGGGCGGUUGGUGGUGGAAAUCCUGUGGUCGUGGCCUCAACGGACUCUAUCUGCAUGAUCCACAAGAUUUGACGGCUCGUCAAGGAAUCGUCUGGUUUCGCUGGCGGGGUUGGGAUUACACACUGAAAAAGGCCACAAUGAUGAUACGACCUCGAAUGCCACAGCCACAGAGUAGUAGUAUGCCCCUGGGCCCAGUGACUGCAACUUAAACAAAAAAUUUCUUAACUUUAUUAAUGUAAUAUACAAAGUUGAAUUACUGAAACGAAAAGAGAGAGAGAGAGAGAGAGACGAAUUUCUAGUAGAUGAUGAGAAUAUCCGUCCAUUAUAAUAGCAAAAUCCAUGCAUUAUAGCCAAUUUUAUAUAUGCAAUGCCUUCUGUAAUUUUAAUUUUGUUAUCCUUUACAAAUAAUAACUUAUUUCUCUAAUUUUUUAUUGUAGCGACAUAAAAACUAGUUAAUUCUUUUAAAAUUGUUCAAUAACGUAUAAGUAUUAUUCAUAAAACGCUGCGCUGCAAUCAUCCAAUAUAAAUUGUAAAUAGAUUCACUGUUAUAAUG